AUGCUUGAAGGCCGACCAGAAAACACUGGGCAGGCCGUUCAUGUGUUUUGGUCUGAUGAACUUGAAAUGAUGAACGGGCUCAGCGAAGAGGGAAUAACCCUUUUGGUUGUAUUGAUUCACUCAGACAAGACAGCUCCGGGUUUCGAAGUUGGGGACAAAGUCGGUUUUUCUCCUGGCAAGUUCAACGACAUUUGCGGAGUGUUUUCCGAUUCAAGUGGUGAGUACGAAGAACCACAGCCAGUGGUAGUAUCUCGCAACACUCAGGAAGAUCGCAAUCCAUUCGGGUCAACGUUCUGUUACGGUACUGAUCAGAUUGUUGUUGAGGUCAUGGAUAACGGCCAUAUAGCUGCUGUCACACUCUUCCAGUAA